UCUCAGCCGACCACUAACCUUGUCGCUGGCUGUCUCCAGCUCAACACCUGCAGUGUCAUCUCACAACCCGACGAGGAGUCGUUGUCUCUGUACGCAGCCUAUAAUCCAGGUCCCGAGGCUGGGGGCUCCACCACAGCGGGUCGGUCUCUGCGGCCCUUUGGCUCUUUCUGCAGCCCCUUUGAGUCUGUAAACGACAGCUCCUCUCCAGACAGUUCUGCUUCUCUGGAUAUGGGGCCUCUCAGCCCACCCUUCAACUUCAGUGGGCUUUUCACCCUCAAACACGAGGAACCGGUCGACUACCGAAGUUGUCACAAUGGUCUCCGCUAUUGUCCCAUCAAUCAGGCCUCCAGCUCAGGCCUUGGUCCCUAUGACGUCCAACUGCGGGGACAGUUUUACCAGGUGCAGGGGGAAUUAAACAAGCCUUUCCAUAAUUAAUAAACAGCAUAUAAAUGGAUGAGUUCUUAAGAAGUUCAGUGGUGCCAACAAUAACAGGGGAAAAACUAAUCCAGCAUGAUGAGAAAGCAGUAAGUCAUCUCCACUGAACUGUCUGCGGACGACAACCUGUAAUGUGACACAUGCAGAGUCCCAUAAUAAUAAUAAUAAUGAUAAUAAUGAUAAUAAUAAUAAUAAUAAUAAUAAUAAUAAUAAUAAUCUGUUAUCUUCUUGUGGGCCAAAUCGCUGAAGGUUUUAUCCAAAACACAUACUUUUGAACUAUCAGGGCAUUUAUCCAGAACUCCCUGAAACUACAUUUAAAUCGAAUGCUCAGCCGUUUCCAUGGUGUUUUUGCUGCAGCUGUCAUGUUGGAUGAACAGAACAAAUGUGGUGUGAUAUUGUAAUCCUCUCGGUUUUGCUUUACGUAGUAAAUUAUUAU